AUGGUUCUUCGCACCCGAAUCUUGGUUCUGCUCUUGCUCCUCGCUGGCUGCCGAGGGUUUUGGGGAGCGUCUUGCUUCUUGGAGUUGGAGGGAAUUUUGGAAAAACCUGAAGAUAUAGUUGGUUAUUUGAACACGAAGGGUGUCUCUGUGAUAUUUCUGUUCAGGAGAAACACGUUACGCAGGCUUAUAUCUGUGUUGGCCAACGACUACGACAAAGAUGCAAAGCAGUUGAAUGGAACUCACAAGUCUCAUGUUCACUCAAUAGAAGAGGUUUGUGAAAAGCUAUGA